UUCUACAUGUUCACAUUUCAAACUUCACAUUUCAAUUUAAUAAAUUAUUAUUAUCUGUCAUCUGUGGUAUACAUAUUAUUAUUUAUUAUUAAAUUAUUUUGUAUUUAAAAGUUGUUUAGAUAUCGGAAGACGACAAUAACCUAUAUUAAAAACUUUUGUAUAAAAACUAUAAAUUUAUAAAGCAAUGGUUCGAAUUACCCAUGUAUUGUCUCGGGUCCCUGUCAUUAAAUUUCGUAAAGGCAGUGGAGCAUCAGCCCCUCGAGCCCCACCAGCGACAUCAGGAUCAGCAGCUGCACCUCAACAAACACAACCUAGUGCUGCAAUGAGUGGAGGCCCUAUAUCUGAUAUUGAUUUACCAGCUCGCUACAGAAGACUGCCUUUAUCACAGGAUGAAAUUGAUCAUAUCAAUGGCGGUGGAGUUGUUUAGUGUCCUCUGUUAAUUCUUGUAGAUUACAUAGUUAGUUACCUGUGUUAUUGAUUAUUUUGUUAAAUUUAAUUUAUUUUGAAAUUAUAUGGAGUAUUACCACUU